CUUUUCAUCUCCAGCACAGCCACGCUUCAUUCAGACGGCACGCUGACACCCUGCAGGGGCCAAACGUCACCCUCAUGGGGAACCAGAAGAAUCCCUGGAUCUCUGCUCUGGUCCUGGUGGGUCUUUUACAGAAAGUCAGUGGACUAUCCAAUACCCAGGUGUGUAGCCCAGGUGUAGGUGACACUAUACACAACUAUGGUGCGAAAACCAUAAAUGGGACCCAGUACAUCCCAUUCUCCCAUUAUUCUGGGAAGCAUGUCCUCAUUGUCAAUGUGGCCACCUACUGAGGACUCACCUUCCAAUAUGUAGAAUUGAAUGCACUACAUGAGGAGUUCCGAGAUGUUGGAUUCACUAUUCUCGGGUUUCCUUGCAACCAAUUUGGGAAACAAGAGCCUGGAGAAAAUAAUGAAAUUCUUCCUGCAUUAAAGUAUGUUCGUCCAGGCAAUGGAUUUGUUCCAAACUUCCCGUUAUUUGAGAAGGUGGAUGUGAAUGGAGACAACGAACAGGCCCUUUUCACAUUUUUAAAGAAUGCUUGCCCACCUGUGGGAGACAGUUUCGGUAACGCCAACAGAUUGUUUUGGGAACCUCUCAAGGUCAACGACAUCAAGUGGAACUUUGAGAAGUUUCUAGUGGGGCCAGACGGAAGACCAGUAAUGAGGUGGUUUCCAAGGGUGAACGUAUCUGAAGUUAGGGCAGACAUCUUGAAAUACUUCCGCCAGUUUGUUAAUCAGCAAAAGGCUGAUUAACUUUGAAACAGUGGAUUCAAUUGUACAUUCAUCUCUCUCUCUCUUUCCAGCAUAUACUGCGUUUAACUAGUUAACAGCAAGAUUACAUGUGGCAAAGUUUAAAAAUGUAAACCUUUGUGAAUUGGAUUAUUGUUACAAGAAUUUGAACGGAUUCUCAGACUGCUCCUUCCAGAGGCUGUCAUGGGAUCUGUUUGGAGACUGGCAUGUUGAUGACGGGACGGCUUGAAAACAGACACUCUGUGGUGCCCGACCUGAGAACGAGGGCCAGCGGGCAGCUCUUUAGUGCAUUCAGGCUGCUCUGCUGUUCCUUUUCAAUCAUGUCUCAUCUCCUAAACAAUCCUUUGAACUUGCUGCCAUCUCUGUGGAUGUUCAGUAAAUAAAGACUAUAAUGCAAGAAA